AUGGGCCGACGCCAGUUGAGUAUUUGGUAUAUUUGCUAUUGGCCAGCAUCAUUGCAGCGUGCCUUCGAGGGUCAGCGUGCCUUCGAGGGUCACGGAUUGGAUGCGGCCGAGCCGGAGGACGACGUUGACGACAAGAAAGGGGUGGAUCCGCGACGCCAGGGGCUGUGCAAUGAGGCGAAAGCACAAUCAACACCGAACAUAGUCUUGAAGUUCGUUUACAACGAUGUACUCUCGACAACACUGGUGCCUUCGACAUGGAAGAGGAGAGAGAAGCGAUCGAACAAUGCCUGCGUUUUUGUAAAGCUGUUGGAUAUUGUAUCAUACAUUUGA